AUGAAACAAUACCAAUUUCUGUUGAACAGGCUUACAAAUCAUUCGCGAAAAUUUAUAAUAAAUCUCUUUGAAACUACUUCCGCCCAUGGUGUUCGCCACCUGGUCCAACUUGGUGUCCACAUAGUUGAACGAAUUAUUUGGAUCACAUGUAUAGUGGUUGGAAUAUUUGGCAUGGUAGCGUUGUCUCAACGAAUUUGGGAUCGCUACCAAACAUCACCGGUCGUCAUCUCGAUGGAUAGAAACAUGUACUUCUGGAACACCAGCUUUCCCAGUUUGACCGUUUGUUCCCACCAUCGAAUUGAUGAGCAGAAAGUGAAACAGUACAUCCAAGAUCACCCGGAAAAAUUUACAAUCGAUGGAGAUGUCGAGGAUUUUGAAGAAUUUAUAAUGAAAUUAGCCAACGCAACGUAUGACACAUUUAGUGAAAUUCCCAUGCACAAAACGUAUGGAAUCGAUAGCUCGGAUUAUAUGGAGCUGAUUUCAAAUUUGUCCUGGUCAUUUCAACCCCAGGUCAGUAGUGGAACAACGUUGUUCCUCUAUCUUCAGCCUACGGUCACAGAGUUGGGAUUGUGCAUAUCGGUCAACUCCAGAAUAGCGCAGUACAGUUCUUAUCAAUAUUGGAGGGACCGACGUUGGGACACAACUGAAAACCAUAUCCCGAAUGUUGUUGUUCACCCAUUGGACGGUGAAGUCUACGGUCAGUUGAUUAAGCUAGAGAGUUCCUACGAAGUUUACUUCCACGGGUAUAUGGAGGUUCCGGAGAUCUCUAAACGGCGGUAUUCAUUCAAGGAUGCCUUCUACACCACUGUGGAGUUGCUGGCACUGGAGCUCAUAACAUCGCCCAACGCUAGGGAGUUAUCGGUUUCGCAAAGAAAGUGUCGUUUCACGCACGAAGCUGAAGUAUUACAGUUCAGUCCAGUAUACAGUUACAACCUUUGCCGGAUCGAAUGUCGCAUGCGGUUGGCUGCACGAAUAUGUGGUUGUAUUCCACACUUCUAUCGCAACAAUGGGAAAGCUAACGCAAAGUACCGGAUAUGUAAUUUUGAUGGUUAUCACUGCCUUAGAAAGAACUCAGAUUGUGUUUCAGACAUAUUAUUGACUUUACCACCCAGCACCAAUGUCGAAUGUAACUGUCUGCCAAACUGUGACGAUUCUAACUUUUUCGUACAAGCUUUUCGUUCAAGAGAGUGGUUCUUAGGAGCAAAUCUUCAAUGGGGUUUAACUGACUAUCCAAAGAUGCAGUUGAAUAGAGACAUCAUUUUUGGUUUAUCGGAUGUCUUUGUUUAUAUCGGUGGUCUCGGUGGCUUUUUCCUGGGUUGCAGUUUGAUAACAUUCACCGAGUUCUUGUUCUUUUUAACCUGGCGUCUGUUCAAACGACAAGAUUAA